AUGGGUGUGGUGAAGGAAAGUGUAGUUGACCGUUGGAAGUGGUCUCUUGAUCCAGUUAAAGGCUACUCUAUCGGCGAUGCAUAUCAGAUGUUCACAGCAACAGACCAAAAUCCUAACAGGGCUAACAUGUAUACCAUAUGUCAUAAACAACUUCCUCUCAAGGUCUCUUUAUUUGUGUGGUGUCUCUUUCACAAUUGUCUCCCAACAAAAGAUAAUCUCUUAAGGCGAGGCAUUGUUCACCCAGAUGCUACCAAUUGUGUAGGAGGAUUUGCUCUUCCGGAGACUGCGGAUCACCUAUUCAUCACUUGCAGUCAUUUCAGCCAGUUAUGGGUGCUUGUUCGAAGUUGGCUCGGUUUCUCUUCGGUUGAUACUUUCCGUGCUUUCGAUCAUGUUGUGCAGUUCGGCCAGCUUGGUGGGUUUCCUCGUUCCUCUCACCAUUUUUUGAAACUUAUUUGGUUCUCUUGUGUCUGGACAAUUUGGAAGGAAAGAAACAAUUGA